AUGGCAACUUUUUUAAUCAGUCCCAAAACAGCACUUUUGUGUGCUGAUGUCAGACGCAAGAAAAGUAUUCACACUUGUUUAAUUCCUUUUCUUCCUUCACUGCUGCUCUUAGCCACUCCAACAGAUACGAAUGACCCCAGUCAAGCCGGUCCUAAGGACCAAGUGUACACUUCCUCGCGGGGACAGGUGACUGUCUGUGAAGAGCUGCGGGCUCCAACUGUCGAGAAGGCUGCCGGCUACCUGGACGCUGUGAUUGCGGCCCUAGCAGCCAACAGGACCUGCGCAAAUGUCUCAUCCUCCAACGGACCAACCAACGAAAAUUCAUACAGGACUGUCAGUGGACAGAAGGUCAACACUGCUGGAGCCGGACUCGUAGAAGACGGUUCUUGGAGCACGGACACUACCGUUUGA